AAUAAUAUUAAUGAUAAAAGCUUUAUGUUAGUUAAUAGCAAAACAAAACUAUUGGUGGCUACAAUCCUGAAACAAGUUAAAAUCAAAGAAAUUGGAAUAGCAAUCGAAGAAAUUAAAGAUUCCAGUGAAGUUGAAAGAGCAAAUGAAACUCUUAUAGUUAAUUCAACUAAUAUGAAA